CCGCUCCGCCCGGGGACUGCAAGCAUGAGCAAGCCGGCCGGAUCAACAAGCCGAAUUUUAGAUAUACCCUGUAAAGUGUGUGGCGACCGCAGCUCCGGGAAACACUACGGGGUCUACGCCUGCGACGGCUGCUCGGGUUUUUUCAAACGGAGUAUCCGAAGGAAUAGGACGUAUGUCUGCAAAUCUGGAAACCAGGGAGGCUGCCCCGUGGACAAGACGCACAGAAACCAGUGCAGGGCGUGUCGGCUCAAGAAGUGUUUGGAGGUCAACAUGAACAAAGACGCCGUGCAGCAUGAACGGGGCCCUCGGACGUCCACCAUCCGUAAGCAGGUGGCCCUCUACUUCCGUGGACACAAGGAAGAGAACGGGGCAGCCGCACACUUCCCUUCUGCAGCGCUGCCCGCGCCAGCCUUCUUCACCACGGUCACGCAACUGGAGCCACAUGGCCUUGAGCUGGCCACGGUGUCCGCCACCCCAGAAAGGCAGACCCUCGUGAGCCUGGCUCAACCCACACCCAAGUACCCCCAUGAAGUAAAUGGGACCCCAAUGUAUCUCUAUGAAGUGGCCACAGAGUCAGUGUGUGAAUCAGCUGCCAGGCUUCUGUUUAUGAGUAUUAAGUGGGCCAAGAGUGUACCAGCUUUCUCCACCCUGUCUCUGCAAGACCAGCUGAUGCUUUUGGAAGAUGCUUGGAGAGAACUGUUUGUUCUAGGAAUAGCACAAUGGGCCAUUCCGGUUGAUGCUAACACUCUACUGGCUGUAUCUGGCAUGAAUGGUGACAACACAGAUUCCCAGAAGCUGAACAAGAUUAUAUCUGAAAUACAGGCUUUACAAGAGGUGGUGGCUCGGUUUAGGCAACUCCGGUUAGAUGCUACCGAAUUUGCCUGUCUCAAGUGCAUUGUCACUUUCAAAGCUGUUCCUACACACAGUGGUUCUGAACUGAGAAGUUUCCGGAAUGCUGCUGCCAUUGCAGCUCUUCAAGAUGAGGCUCAGCUAACGCUCAACAGCUACAUCCAUACCAGAUAUCCCACUCAACCCUGUCGCUUUGGAAAACUUCUGCUGCUUUUGCCAGCUUUACGUUCCAUUAGCCCUUCAACAAUAGAAGAAGUGUUUUUCAAAAAGACCAUCGGUAACGUGCCAAUUACAAGACUGCUUUCAGAUAUGUACAAAUCCAGUGAUAUCUAAGCCCUUCGAGCCCCUACUGUUCUGUAUGGGCCAGUCCCCAUGGAGAACAA